GCCAGAUUCGGCUGAAAAAAGCAUGCAGACAUGGCGCAUGUCCAGAGGAGAUGGAGCUCUUUGAUGAUGCCCGCUAUGAUGAUAGUUGGCUAAGCAGUUCAUUGCCCUCUUCCCAGUCUUGGUUGCACACUCCACCUGAUAAUACUGGAGCCUGGUACUGGGGUUACUUGUCCUUCUAUGACAGCUCUGGGUAUAUUCAGCCUCUGGGUGUUACUUUAGAAGAGAACACGGCUAUCAUAGGGAAACUACAGCAAGAUCACUGGAUUGAUAAUCUGACGAGGGCGCUGUUUGUUGAAUUUUCACUGUACAGUCCUGGGGUUGACCUCUACUCAUCAGUGAUGCUCCUUUUGGAGUUCCCUCUGGCAGGUAGAACUCUUCCAUCUGCUGAGAUCCACGCCUUUCCAUUACUGCGCCUAAGCAGCGGACCCCACCUCCUUCUGGUCAUGAUGGUCUUCCUGAUGAUGUUUGUGGUGUACUUUGUCCUCUCUGAGUGUCUCUUGUCAUAAGGAAGGAGGGACUCCAGUACUUCACCCAAUUCUGGAACUACAUCCAGUGGCUGAUGACCGUAUUAUCAGUGUGUACUGUGGUCGUGUACCUUAGUCGGGGCAGCCUAGCUGAUGAGCAAUGGGACCGGUACCUGAAGGACAAAGCUGCGUUCCUGAAUCUCCAUCAGGUUGCUUUCCUGAGCUCCACCUUCCACAGCUUGUCUGCCUCUGUCCUUUUCAUUCUCUCUGUUAAGGCUGCUCAGCAGCUCAGAUUCAUCCGAGAGUGGUCCAUGUUUGGGAAAACACUGAGUCUGUCUAUAAAGGAGCUAUGUGCCGCGGCUGGGGCGGUAUUAGGACUGCUACUGGUGUACGCUCAACUAGGAUUUCUGCUUUUCUCUGCCUCCUGGGAGAGUUUUCACAGCUUCGGCUCCAGCGUUCUCUCACUUUUCUCCGUGGCUCGUGGUGCUUUUAGUCUGAAAGUUCCUUUUCCAUAUUCAUCCUGCUUGCACCGCCUUUACUUUGUGAGUUUCCAGGUCUUGGAGUUAUGGAUCUUAGUAAAGUUCUUUGCAGCCAUCUUGGUCAACAAUUACCGUCAAGUUCGGCUCGACAUGUUCAGACCGGCAUUCGAACUCCAGGAUUAUGAGAUGGUGGAGCUUUUUCUCAGGAGAUUACGGCUAUGGAUGGGUGUCAGCAAGGUGAAAGAGUUCCGUCACAAGGUGAGGUUCGAGGGUAUGGAGCCUCUUCCUUCACGUGCCUCCAGUGAUACAAAGUCACUUAGAGGUUCCACUCCAAGCGCUGCUUCUGACACCUCCUCUUCUUCAUCCUUUUCCACAAUCUCCAGCCAACUGGACACUUUGAGUGCCAUGAGCACAAGAGAGAGAGCAGAAGUUGAUGCUAAUAUGCAGAGACUGCUGCCUGUGCUGGAAACCCUGUUGUCCCAAUUUGAUGUAGUCAACAGUGCCACAGAGGAGGUGUAUCAAAUUGAACGAAGUCUAGAAGAAGUACGGGGAAGAGUGUCCAAGAGAAGAAAACAUGUAAAAACCUCAACUCAAAAAAUAUUAUGCACCACAGAAGUGACUACAGGUCUCAACCGGAGCUUCACCUCAACACAGAGCAGAAGUUCUAAGUCAGAACCCUACCCAAGAGUCAGCAAGAACUCUCUGGCUCCACGACCAUCCACAGUUUCUCAGGCACUAGAGAACAAUUCAGCAAGCAAAGUCAUCACAGUGGACAAGGUGGUGACGGAAGAACCAGCGCUCAUUCCUAUGCAGUUAUCAUACUCCUCUCAAACCAAACGGAGAAAGUCAGUGCGGGCCCACAACAGAGUUCACCCCAGUGUCAGUUAG